AUGUCUUUCAUUACCAGAAAUAUACUAGGAUUUUCAAGCAGGCGAAAUCUGACGACGUUGACGUCUUUCUCGCCUCUCAAAACAGGCCUCAUUUGUCCAUCCGUGUUGCAGGUCAAAAACACAACAGGUGUGGAAACGGCUGGAUCUGCUUUCCCCGGUUAUCUCAGCAUGUUAUUUGGCUUAACACAGAGAAGAUGGAAAAGUAGGGGUAACACUUACCAGCCGAGCACGCUGAAAAGGAAAAGAAGAGUAGGAUUCCUCGCCAGAGCCAAGAGUAAGCAGGGCUACAAGAUCUUAAAAAAAAGGCGUGAGAAGGGCAGAUGGUAUUUGACGCAUUAG